AUGGCUGGCACUCGGCCUAAAGAAUCCGGCAAUUCUGCGCCUGCGGAUGCUAAAGAUGCUGUCUUUGUGACUUCUGAUCCGCUUCCAAAAGGGGCAAUACCGGUCCAAGGAAUCGAUUUUGAUCGGCAUAAGGAGAAUGGCAUAUCGGUUGUUGAUCUAGUGGAAGGCAUGUCUAGUAUGGGCUUCCAGGCAAGCGCAGUGGGUGACGCAGUUCGAAUUAUCAAUGAGAUGAGGGCAUGGAGGGACAAUGAUACUGGCGAACGAUGCACCAUCUUCUUGGGAUACACGUCGAAUCUGAUAUCAUCUGGCCUUCGAGAGACCAUCCGCUACCUCAUCCAACACAAACAUGUCUCAGCGAUCGUCACUACCGCGGGAGGGGUGGAAGAGGACCUCAUCAAGUGCCUGGCACCGACUUAUCUCGGUUCCUUCUCUACGCCAGGACCAUCACUACGUGCACAGGGACUGAAUCGUAUUGGGAACCUGAUCGUGCCCAAUAGUAAUUACUGCGCUUUCGAGGACUGGGUUGUUCCGAUUCUUGACAAAAUGCUUGAAGAACAAGAAGCUUCUAAACCCACCAAUGACCCCAUUUUCUGGACGCCCAGCAAGGUGAUCAGACGGCUAGGUAUGGAAAUCAAUGACGACUCUUCUGUUUGCUAUUGGGCUUACCAGCAUGACAUUCCCAUAUUCUGCCCAGCCAUGACUGAUGGCAGUCUGGGAGAUAUGCUGUAUUUCCAUACAUUCAAGGCCUCGCCGCAACAGCUUCGGAUAGACAUUGUUGAGGAUAUUCGGCGGAUCAACACCAUCGCGGUGCGAGCGAAACGCGCUGGAAUGAUCAUUCUCGGUGGUGGGGUCGUUAAGCAUCACAUCGCCAACGCGUGUCUGAUGCGAAAUGGAGCUGAGAGCGCGGUGUACAUCAACACAGCCCAGGAGUUUGAUGGAAGUGAUGCUGGAGCCAGGCCAGACGAAGCUGUGAGCUGGGGGAAAAUUAAGGCAGAUGCACAAAGCGUCAAGGUAUAUGCCGAAGCGACUGUAGUCUUUCCAAUGAUUGUUGCAGCUACCUUUGCACGGCGAGAGACUCCCACGGCGGCUUAUUGA